UGGUGGCGGCCUGGGCGGCCUCGGCGCCGCCAGUGCCGCGAUGGGCUGAGGGCAGGCGGUAGCGGCGGUGUCCGCGGCUCCGGGCUGGGCGCUCCGAGGAUGGAGAGAGCCAUGGAGCAGCUCAACCGGCUGACGAGGUCCCUGCGCCGCGCCCGCACCGUGGAGCUGCCGGACGAUAAUGAAACUGCUGUCUAUACGCUGAUGCCGAUGGUUAUGGCUGACCAGCACAGGUCUGUCUCAGAGCUGCUGUCAAAUUCAAAAUUUGAUGUGAAUUAUGCCUUUGGACGUGUGAAGAGAAGUUUACUUCAUAUUGCAGCAAACUGUGGAUCAGUUGAAUGCCUUGUUCUAUUAUUAAAAAAAGGAGCAAAUCCAAACUAUCAGGACAUCUCAGGAUGUACUCCUCUCCAUUUAGCAGCAAGAAAUGGCCAGAAAAAAUGUAUGAGCAAGCUGCUGGAAUACAGUGCAGAUGUCAACAUUUGUAAUAAUGAAGGCUUGACUGCAAUUCAUUGGUUGGCUGUCAAUGGACGAACAGAAUUGCUUCAUGAUCUUGUUCAGCAUGUCAGUAAUGUAGAUGUUGAAGAUGCCAUGGGACAGACAGCCCUUCAUGUAGCUUGUCAAAAUGGACACAAGACAACGGUGCAGUGUUUGCUGGACAGCGGUGCAGAUAUAAACAGGCCGAACGUUUCUGGGGCAACUCCGCUUUAUUUUGCUUGCAGCCAUGGUCAGAGAGACACUGCACAAAUUCUUUUGAUGAGAGGAGCCAAGUAUUUACCAGACAAAAAUGGCGUUACUCCACUGGAUCUCUGUGUACAGGGUGGUUAUGGAGAGACUUGUGAAGUUUUAAUACAGUACCAUCCUCGGCUUUUCCAGACAAUAAUCCAAAUGACACAGAAUGAAGAGCUGCGGGAAAACAUGUUGCGGCAAGUUCUGGAGCACUUGUCUCAGCAGAGCGAAAGCCAGUAUCUUAAAAUUUUGACAAGUCUUGCUGAAGUUGCUACAACAAAUGGUCACAAAUUGCUCAGCUUGUCAAGUAAUUAUGAAGCUCAAAUGAAGAGUCUCUUAAGGAUCGUGAGGAUAUUUUGCCAUGUGUUUCGCAUUGGCCCAUCCUCUCCCAGUAAUGGAAAUGACAUGGGCUACAAUGGAAAUAAAACUCCAAGAAGUCAGGUGUUCAAGGUCAGAAAAGUAUAUGAUGUUGUUAGGAAGAUAGACGUUAAAGAGAUGAAUUUCACAAAGCAUGCAUUCAUUAAUCAGACAUCUCAUGAACAGGAACCGCUGGAACUGCUCUGGCAUUCUCUGGAUGAAUGGCUUGUUCUGAUAGCCACAGAGCUGAUGAAAAACAAAAGGGACUCUGCCAACAUUACUUCUAUUUUAUUGAAGCAAAAAGGACCAGAUCACCAAGAUGCUACUCCUGCACCUUCUUUUGCCACUGCAGGGACUGAGGGAAGAAAAGAGCUGUCCACUGAUGCAGUUGAGUUAAAAACAUAUGAUGUUGCUGGGAAGCAGGAAGCUUGUGCUGAUUGUCAGGAUGUUAUCUCCAUGACAGCAAACAGGCUAAGUGCUGUCAUUCAAGCUUUCUAUAUGUGCUGUUCCUGUCAGAUGCCUCAGGGGAUGACGUCACCUCGUUUUAUAGAAUUUGUUUGUAAACAUGAUGAUGUCCUUAAGUGUUUUGUUAAUCGAAAUCCCAAAAUAAUUUUUGAUCACUUUCAUUUUCUUCUGGAGUGUCCUGAACUAAUGUCCAGAUUUAUGCACAUCAUAAAAGCUCAGCCAUUUAAAGAUCGCUGUGAAUGGUUCUAUGAACAUCUGCACGCCGGGCAGCCAGAUUCAGACAUGGUGCACAGGCCUGUCAGUGAAAAUGACAUACUUUUGGUUCACAGAGAUUCUAUUUUUAGGAGUAGCUGUGAAGUUGUGUCUAAAGCAAACUGUGCGAAAUUAAAGCAGGGGAUCGCUGUGAGAUUUCAUGGAGAAGAAGGCAUGGGACAGGGCGUGGUGCGUGAAUGGUUUGAUAUCUUAUCCAGUGAAAUAGUUAACCCAGAUUAUGCCUUAUUUACCCAGUCAGCUGAUGGAACAACUUUCCAGCCGAACAGCAACUGUCAUAACAGUUGUCUGAGUAUUUUGUCUCUUUCUUUUAUUUUUUUCCUAGGCAUACCUGUAAAUUAUCAGGAUGUAGCAUCUAUUGAUCCAGAGUAUGCAAAGAACUUGCAGUGGAUUUUAGAUAACGAUAUCAGUGAUCUGGGUUUAGAGCUGACCUUCUCUGUUGAGACCGAUGUCUUUGGAGCAAUGGAAGAAGUGCCAUUGAAGCCAGGGGGUGCAGGUAUACUUGUUACACAGGAAAACAAGGCUGAGUAUGUCCAGCUUGUGACAGAACUCAGAAUGACAAGAGCCAUUCAGCCUCAGAUAAAUGCCUUUUUACAAGGCUUCCAUAUGUUCAUUCCACCAUCUUUGAUCCAACUUUUUGAUGAAUAUGAACUGGAGCUUUUGUUGUCUGGUAUGCCAGAAAUUGAUGUGAAUGACUGGUUGAAAAAUACAGAAUACACCAGUGGCUAUGAGAGAGGAGACCAAGUUAUUCAGUGGUUCUGGGACGUGGUGGAAGAACUAACUCAGGAAGAGAGAGUGUUACUAUUGCAGUUUGUUACUGGCAGUUCCAGGGUGCCUCAUGGUGGCUUUGCCCAUAUAAUGGGUGGCAGCGGAUUGCAAAAUUUUACUAUUGCUGCUGUACCAUAUACUGCAAAUCUUUUACCAACAUCAAGCACAUGUAUCAACAUGCUCAAGUUACCUGAAUACCCAAGUAAAGAAAUCCUGAAAGACAGGCUUCUUGUGGCCUUGCACUGUGGAAGCUAUGGUUACACAAUGGCAUAAAGAAGUCUAGAAAACCCAUCUGACUGUUAAUGUGCAAAUGUGCAAUUUUGAGUGGCAGAAGUAAUUUUGGGACCUGUCAAUAGAAAAGCAUCUUAGAUGCUGCAGCCCAUUGGCAUGGCUGGACUUCUGAACUGGCACAGCAUCAUCAGCUUACUUUCCAUUAUUGUGUUGUCAAGGUAGCUUUCAUACCAUCAUAACAAACUUCUCAGUAUGCUGUAUUUUCAUUUUUUAAAAUUACAGGUCUGUAUGGAAAUCAGUUUACAUGCUUUUCAUUAUUACUUCAAUCUGAGAAAGUUUGUGAGAAUCUUCACACAGUUUACAUUUGAUUUCCAACUACGUGGCUGAAUGACAUUUGCAUUGCAGUUUACUUUACACUCAGAUGGAAUACUGCAAAUGGAAAGAGUUGUACUUUAUGCCUUGUUGCAUGUGAAAGUGCCAUUUAUUUUUGCAGACCACUACAGAAAGUUCAAUUGGAAUAUUGUACAGUAAGACAGAGCUGAUGUAUUUUCCAUUUCUUUGCAGAGUAACAGAAAGAAAAUUUUAUAACUUUUUAGUAUUCUGAUGUAUAUAAUAUGUAAAGAUUAGACUGUUAUCAUGGGGAAAACCCUACAGAUUGAGUUUAUCUAGUUUAUAUUAGAAUUUACACUAUAUUCUACUAAAUAUUUAAAGUAUUUGUGACUUUAUAGUCAACUUGCAGUUUAGAAUUUGUAAAUAUUGUUUAAGAUCUAUAUCCAUUGUUUGAAUGCCUUUACUCUUUCCUUCAUAUAAUUGUAUGUUCAAAAGGUAUUAAUUAAAUUUUAAUA